AUGAACGUCUCUGGUCCAGUCACAUUCUUCAUCAUAGAAGGACUGCAGGAGAAAAAAAUGCUCAUGUUUGGUGUUUUUUUCACCAUUUAUGUUGUGGUUUUAUGUGGCAAUAGUAUGAUUAUAUAUCUAGUGAGAACAGACCCUAAGCUUAAAUCUCCUAUGUAUUUCUUUCUUCAUAACCUCUCUUUCUCAGACAUGGUGUACGCAACAAUAUCCAUACCCAACUUGCUGUCAGGUUUACUAAAAGAGGAACACACAAUCUCCAAAACUGGUUGCAUAUUGCAGAUGUACUUUUUCCUCUCCAUGGGGUCAUCUUGCCGGGGUAUCCUGACAGCCAUGGCUUUUGACCGCUAUGUAGCCAUUUGUAAACCACUUCGCUACACCACUAUUAUGACCAAACGGCUAUGUAUUCUCCUGGUGUUUGCAGCAUGGUGCUUCGGCUAUGGAUUGGUCUUUCCAGCAGUUUGCCUCGUUAUCCGGCUAGACUUCUGUGGACCCAACAGGGUGAAGCACGUCCUCUGUGACCACUCAUCUGUGGUGAGGCUAGCCUGUGGUAGCACGAUUGUGAACAACAUUGUGUCUCUCUCCACAGCCCUUGUCAUCCUCCUCGGCACGUUUUCCCUCAUCCUGGCCUCUUACAUUAGCAUAGGCAAAGCCGUGUACCACAUGGGCCGGGCGGAGAGGCUCAAGGCUUUCACCACGUGUGUUUCUCACCUGAUAGUGGUCUGCAUCUCGUACGUGUCGGCCACGUGUGUGUACGUCUCGUACCGCGUGGCCACGUUCUCUCCUGACGCACGCAUGAUUGUGGCAGUGGUGUAUUCUGUUCUCACUCCUGCUCUCAACCCCAUAAUUUACAGCUUGAGGAACAAGGAGCUUCAGCAGGCGCUAACAAGAGCCCUCAGUAAAUGUGUUGCCAUACCAACAGCUCGCAGGAAAACAAUUCCCGCUGUAUCUAAAGUUACUAAAUAA